AUGGACCGAUUCACUCAAUUUCCUGCGAUUCAGCGCCAAGCGGUUGCUGAUGAAACCGGCAUUGCAUGCAUCAGCCAGGCAUGGCCGGCAGAAACUGCAGCCUUGCCAACGGAGAUCUUGGGCCUCGCAUGGGCAGUUCUGUUGCGAGCCUUCACAACAGAAGAAGCCCCGGUAUUUCUGCUCGACGGUAGCCCCGUGAAGGUGGACACCUUGACGCAAGAGAUUCGCCCGGCGACCCUGGAUCCCAUUGAAUUCUCUGCAGAGCACACUGCAGUGCAUUUGACCGAUGAUCCUGCACGAGUCUGCGAGGAACUGUCGAAUGGCAGCGCGAAAGACCAAAAACUACCCUCUGAAUUGUGCACUUUGACGUGGCAUUUCAAUCGCAAGGCCCAGACGAGCACAUUGCAAGCAACCACUGGCAUGGAUUCUAAUUACAUCCAGCAGCUGGGCUGCCAGCUUGAACACAUUGUUCGAGAUCAAGCAUCUCUAUCGGGAAUCGCAGUGAGAUGGAGUCCUCUGGCAAAUCAGAAUUCCGAGACGACAAUGAGACUCUCUAUUGCGAAUCCCUCUCCCCGCAACUUGGCAGGGCCUCAGUUGCUUCAUGAGCUCGCACUGUGUAAUACCACGUCGGAGAAUGAUGCAAUUGAAUUUAUGGCCGCAGAUAGAGCUGUCUAUCGUCUCAGCUAUCGUGCGCUUGACCAAGCCUCUACAAGGCUAGCAGCAAGAAUCAGCACUGCGGCAACAACCACGAGGACGCAAGCAGAGCAGCGACAAAUGGUGGUGCCCAUUCUGCUGCCUCAAUCCUUGGAGCUUUAUAUAACCCAGCUCGCCAUUCUUAAAGCUGGCGGGGCUUUUUGUCCUCUCACAAUCGAUGCACCCUCAGACCGCAUCGAGUUUAUCAUACAAGAUGUAGCUGCGGCAGUGAUUGUCACGCAGGAUGCUCUGACCACGAGAAUCCCCAAGGGCAGCAAUGUCACAGUAAUUACUGUUGACGAGCUCGAGAGCCACUUGGAAAGCCACAAUAGCACAGGGACCAUAGAGCAGGUGCACGCGCGAACCAUCGCUCCUACGGACCUUGCAUAUGUCAUGUACACUUCUGGCUCGACUGGUCGACCCAAAGGUGUGGGCAUCUCCCAUUUGGCUGCAACGCAGUCUUUACUCGCACAUAAUGAAUUGAUACCCCAAUUUGCUCGCUUUUUACAAUUCGCGUCACCCACCUUUGACGUUUCGGUCUUUGAAAUCUUCUUUCCCCUUUUCCGUGGAGUCACGCUCGUUGCUUGUGAGCGCGAACAGAUGCUUCUCGAUAUCUCCCGCGUGAUGACCACCAUGCGCGUGGACGCAGCUGAGCUGACACCUACGGUGGCCGGAGAGCUUCUACGAACCCGAUCUGCAGCGCCAUCAUUGCGCGUUCUCCUCACAAUCGGUGAAAUGCUGACUCGAGCUGUGGUCGAUGAAUUUGCGUCCUCGCCCAACGGCGAAGACGGCAUCUUGCACGGCAUGUACGGUCCAACGGAAGCGGCCAUUCAUUGCACAGCCGCAACGCAGUUCCACUCCGAUGACCGUGUGAAUCUUAUCGGUCGAGUCUUUAGUACUGUCUCUGGAUUCAUCAUGCCCAUCUACUCAGACGACGAGACGGAUACCAAAGUCGACGAGCUGCGGCCGUUGCCCCUGGGUCAGAUCGGCGAGUUAGUUGUCGGUGGUCCUCAAUUAGCGGAUGGCUACAUCAAUCGGCCGGAGGAGAACGCCAAGGCCUUCAUCGACAGCCCUGUUUAUGGACGCCUCUAUCGAACUGGUGAUAAGGCUCGAAUGUUGCCUUCUGGGGAGAUUGAAUGUUUUGGGAGAAUUUCCAGUGGUCAGGUCAAGCUCCGAGGCCAGAGAAUUGAGCUUGGUGAAAUUGAACAUGCUAUUUGUCAAACUCCAGGAGCGCGCAGCGCAGUCGCCGUCGUGAGCAAUGGUAGCCUGGCCGCGUUCGUGCUGGUCAACAGCAAAGAGACAACCGAGCGCACACUGCGAGACGUUUGCCGGCAAUGGCUUCCGCGAUUCAUGGUUCCGGGAGAGUUCAUUCUGGUCAACCAGUUUCCCCAGCUACCAUCCGGCAAAAUCGACCGAAAAUUGUUGGAAGCCGAUUUCAAACGUCAUCGUAGCAACGCUCAAGCCGCCAAGGACUACAAAUUUCGUGAUGAACUCGAGGAGACAAUUGCUUCAUGCGUGGCAAGCGUGAUGGGGAGACAAGUGUCGGCUAUAGAAAGUCUCGGUGCGGCAGGGUUGGACUCGUUGGCUGCCAUUCGGCUUGCAUCUCAUCUUUUGGACAGUGGAAUCCGACUGGACGUUGCGCAUCUCCUCGAAGCAGACUCUGUGAAUGGGAUAUGGGAGCUCGCGAGGACAGCCGAGGCCGUAGCUUCGACUGAGAAUACAAGCGCAGGUCUGCAGCUGAUCCAUCAACUGGUGGCAGAUGCAGGUGCUGCACGGAUCGAGGCUCUUGGAUUGAGUUCAAAGGUUGGUGCUGUUGAUCUUUGCAGCCACAUCCAACAGGCGAUGAUAAUGGAGACCGCUCGGCAAAGGCAAGCAUACUGCAACUGUAUCGAAUUGGAAUUCUUGCCCGAGACACGUUUCUCUGAUAUACAGCAUGCGAUUGUGAAGCUCCUGGAAAGUAACCCAAUUCUUCGCUCCGGUUUUGUUGAAAUCGGUCUCAAGGAUCAGGCUUAUGCCCGAUUCGUGUACAACCCGGCAGAACUUGAUGUUCUUCACCAACGCGAAACAUUCAACUACGGUUUUUCACUGAUGGUGGAAAGCGAUCUGCUAAAUCCACUUCAAUUUUACUUCCGAGAGGCAGAAAGCGGUCCUCGAUUACUCGUUCAGAUUCACCAUGCGCUAUAUGACGGCUGGUCUUGGCAGCUGAUCAUGAGAGAUCUUCGUCAACUCUUGUCAGGCGAGGCUAUUGAACCCAGGCCUUCUUAUACACUCAUUUCAGACUUCUUCGCCGAACACAAAUUGGGUCAUUCGUAUAUUAACUCACUGAACUUCUGGCGCGACAGAUUGCAGGGGUCUCCAGUGGCUCCCUUUCCUAAAUUUGUCGCGUCUGUGACUCCAGUUGGCACACAAGAGGCAAGUCGUGACCUGCAAAUAUCGAUUGAAAGACUGGCAGAAGCUUCUCAAACGCUGCACGUCAGUCGCCAAACAAUCUUCCAGGCGGCAUACUGCUACCUUCUCUCGACAUACUUAGGAUCAGACGAUGUGACCUUUGGUACUGUCUUUUCCGGCCGCACGCUUCCAGUCAAGGGCAUUGAAAGUGUUCUUGGUCCUUGUAUUCGCACACUUCCUACUCGAAUGGCAAUGGGCCAAAUGCGAACCGUCGCCGAUUUGUUGCUCGCAAUUCAAAACAUGAACCACCGAUGUCUGGAGCACGGUAGUGUCUCGCUUCAAGAUAUCAAGAAAGCUUCUGAGAUCGACCCACGAGCUAGCCUCUUCGAUACCGCUUUUGUCUGGCAAGAGACACUAUGGCAAACUAAGAAGAAAGAUGAAAUUUUCAAGGAAGUCAAAGAGAGGGAGUUUCUAGAGUUCGCUGUGUUGUUGGAGCUCGAGCCCCUCGAGACAGAUGUCCGCGCAAAGAUCACAUUCCAGCAAUCUAUUCUCUCCCGUGAGCAGGCUCAAUUCCUUCUGGAGCAACUUGAUGCCGUUGUGGCCGUGAUACUUGAGGCACCAACCCUUGUUAUUGAGGAGAUCGGGCAACGACUUCCAAUCAAUAUUCUGUCAAUUGCCGAUUCCGAAGAUGUCACACAUGAUGGGUUAUCUGAGAUAUUGGGUCCACUCGCAACAAUGGGACCUGAUUUGGAAGCUGUGAAAAUUCUGAGCUCAUGGGAGUCGGACACGCCAUGCUUCGACUCCAUCACGUACGGCCAAUUGGCAAACCAAGCCAAUGGACACGCCGAAUAUCUGUCACAAGUCGGUGUCAUGAAGAGUGAUCCAGUCUUGCUCGUCCUCACUCAGUCAAUAGAGUCUUACAUUGUUUUGCUGGCUUUGGCAAAGCUUGGUGCUCAUCUUAUUUCCUUGUCGCCGCGAACAACAUCAGAGGAUCUGAGCAGUGUUGUGUCCGACAUGCAUGUGAAGUACUACCUUUCUGGUUCAUCGCGCGAGUCUGAACUCGGAUUUGCUAUUCCGGGAUCUGUCCAACAGAUCUCUCUCCCGGAAUCAUUCGAAGCACCGGAUGAGAUACCUCACGCGGCUUACGACAGUUUCCGAUUCUCAACAUUUGACCCGACGAUCAAAGACUGGGCCUCCUUCACGUCGCCGCAAUUGGGUGAUUGCUUGGGUAUUUUUAGAAAAUCCUAUGAUCUCACACACGAGGCGAGGAUUUUCUCGACGGGUAGCGCUGCCUUCCCUGUUCCCAUCAUUGAAUCAAUGCUGGCAUGGAGUGCCGGAGCCGUUCUCAUUUCUGCCUCCAGCGAUGCCAUAGCCGGUGAUUCACACAAAGUUCUUCAGGGUAUGGGGCUCACUCAUCUUCACACCACACCAACUCUAGCAUCUCGGUUGGAUCCCAGCAAUUUCCCCACAAUCCGAGAGCUGUACGUCUCUGGUGAACCAUUGACGGUGAAGGUUCAGCGGAAGUGGGUUGGAACAAAUAUCUACUACGGCUACACCUGUUCAAACUUUGCCGGGCCAUGCACAGGCCUCGUGAAAUUGGAUACUAUCGAUGAAAGCAAAAACCUUGGCAGGCCAAAUCGGAACACCUCGCUGCUUGUUAUUGCAGAUAGUGUUGGUUUACAACCAGUGCCCCGCGGAGCUGCUGGUCAGCUCUGCUUUGGUGGCAAUCAAUUGGCUGAAACAUCCUCAAAGAAGGUUCUUCAACAUGCUGAGUUGGGCAAAUUCUACAAGACGAAUGACAUAGCCCGGUUUCUUGCGGAUGGUACUGUUGAAAUUAUUGGCCAAACUGCCACUUUUCGUCGAAUUGAGCAGGUUCUAUUGUCUUCGAAGCACGUGCAAGAUUGCACGAGCUUGUGGAUGGAGAUUUCGACAUCGAAGUCGCCGCAGUUGGUGACUGUCUGGGUCCCUGCUGAGACAGCUCGUACAAGUGACGAUCUGGUCGAACACUCGCUGGAGCUUCUGAGGGACUUAACAUCCAAGCUACCUUCUUCUGAAGUUCCGAGCUACCUGGUGCCAGUUCCAAUCAUUGCUAUGACAGAGGGUUUCCUGACGGACCACACAGAUGUUUCAAAUAUUGUCAAACGACUUGGGCCUGAAACACUUCGCCAAUACUCUGCCGUUCCUGAUGACAGUGCCCAGGACGAAAUUCUCUCGGAUACUGAGAAAUCAAUUUCGACUGCUCUUUCUAAGGUUCUUGACCUCGAUGAACGAAUAAUUGGAAGGCACACAUCUUUCUACAAGCUUGGCUUGGACUCUCUGUCUGCCAUAGCCUUAUCCAGACAGCUUCAGGAAUCUGGGAUAGGACGCUUGCCAGUCUCUACUAUCCUUCGCUACAACUCAGUGAGUCAGUUGGCAGACAUCGCUGCGACCACUUCUGAGACAAGGCAAGUCUUUACCACACAGAGUGUUGGACGGUCUCUGGAGGUUUUCGAUUCAGACUUUGUUUCCGCUGUGAAAAGUGAUAUAAGUUGCGGGGCUUCAUCAGUCCAGGGGGUGUAUCCGUGUACGCCUCUGCAGGAAGCUAUGCUCGCGGCAGAAUCUGAUAAUGGCACGGCGUAUUUCAAUCACCUGCUGCUUCGUGUGAAUGUUAGCCCUGACACGAUGAAGGAAGCGUGGCUACAAAUGAUACAGCGUCAUGGGAUCCUCCGGUCAUGCUUCAGGCAGACAAAUCAUAAACGCUUCGCCUACGCGCAGAUUGUUUUGGACAGUGCCACUUUGCCUUGGACUGAGAAAAAGACUGCGCCGGAUACAUUCAAGCAAGACAUCGCCGUACUGAAAGAGGACUUCGAGCGUUUGUCGCCAGUCGAUGGCAAAUUACCCUAUUCUUUGACAUUCCUCGAAGACGCUAGUUCGGGGAAGGCUUAUCUGCUGCUAUCAAUUCACCAUGCACUCUAUGACGGAGAAGGCAUAGCCCAGCUUCUUGACGAGGUUCAGACUGUGCUUGCUGGAGGUGCACUGGCUAGUGUGACGCCUUUCCACCGCUUCAUUGAAUAUAUGGUUUCUAUUGACUCAGAUGCAUCUGAUCAGUUCUGGGACAGGUAUCUGUCAAGUGUUUCCCCCACUCUACUAUUGAGUGCACAGGAAAACUCCGCUACCGAAAUUUCCGAGUUACAAGCGGCUUCCCAGCAGAUCAGUAUGCAUCUCAAUCUGACGCUUGAAGUCUUCAAAAAACAGUGUCAAGAUUUGUCAGUCACUCCGCUUAACGUGCUACACGCCGCAUGGGCUAGGCUACUAGCGCUUCAGUCCGGAGCACCCGAUGUCUGCUUUGGAAACGUUUUCAGCUGUCGAACAAUACCUCUUGAGGGUGCUGACAAGAUCGUGGGUCCGUGUUUCAACACUCUCCCCAUGAGAGUUAGAUUUACAUCAUCUGCGACAAACAAAGAUAUUAUGAGGCUAGCUCAAACUCAUAACAGCGACAUCUUGCCGCAUCAGCUCAGUGCUUUGCGGCACAUUCAAAGGCGUGUUCUGCAGGGUAACUCUCGGUUAUUUGACACGCUACUUAUUUUCCAGUCCACCGCCAAUCAGCUGGAUUCACGCUUUUGGGAGAUUCUCGGUGAUGAAGGCAACAUGGGCUUUCCUCUGAUCUGUGAGGUCGUGCCCGACGAAGAAAGGAAUCUUCUUCGGGUCUGUGUAUAUUUCCAGCAGUCGCACGUCAGCCGUGAGGCAGCGGAGAUUCUUGCCACGGACUUCCUGGCCAUUGUGGAACAGAUGAUGCAAUACCCCUCUGCUCAGGCUUGGGACAAGCGGGCGAUCACUUCUGACCUGUCUGCCAUGUUUGAUUCGAGACUUUCCUCGGUCAUGGAAGUAGAUGACACUGCAGAAAGGGUGUCUGACUCGCGAUCUUGGUCAACUCACGAGGAAUUACUUCGGAAAAUGAUCUGCGAAUUUGCAGAAACUGAGACUAAUGCCGUUACGCUCGGUACGACUAUCUUCCAGCUGGGUCUUGAUAGCAUCAAUGCGGUACAAUUAUCUGGAAAGCUUCAUAAAAUGGGACAUCCAAUCUCGGCAGGAGACAUACUUGAGGCGGCCUCUAUUGAGAAAAUUGCAGCCCUGUUCAAUCAAUCAGACAACAAGGGGGUUGAGCUUGAGUAUGAUUUCUCUGCAUUUGAGAAUGAGCACUUACGAACGGUGUGCGAGCAACUUGGUAUCGCUCAGGACUCAGUGCAAGCGUUGAGACCAUGUACUCCCGUUCAAAGCGGCAUGUUGGCCCUUUUCAACCAUUCACAGGGAGAUAUGUACUAUAAUAGGAUGGUGCUCAACGCGCCUGCCCCUCUCGAGAAAGCUAAACUCAGAGAAGCGUGGAGCCUAGUCAUGGCUCACCACGAAAUGCUUCGGACAGGCUUUGUGCAGCUGCGCGAUCAAAAUUAUCCCUUUGCUAUGGUCACCUAUCGCGCAGGAUUUGAGCUCCCGUGGCGGGAGACUUCAGGCCCCGACAUAGUCGCUCGAGAACAGUCUAUACUACGAACCUUGCAUCUACCGCCUUGGGAGGUCCGUGUUGAGCCCGGUGAUUGCGUUAGCACUGUUCACUUCUCGGCGCUUCAUGCCCUUUAUGAUGCGCAGUCUUUGGAGACCGUCUUUUCGGAUGUUUUAGCUGUCUAUGAGGGCAGAAGUCUCCCUGGGUCUGCUCCUCUCAAUGACACCCUCGGUCCCAUUCUUAUCGAGAGUGAAAAGCAAUCAAAAAGCUCUCGAUCUUUCUGGGAAAGUUUGGCCACCGAGCUCAAUUCGACCAAGUUCCCUGACCUUCAUCCUACCCGCACAACCGAGAAAUAUCUUCUCACCAGAUCGAUCCGCUGCUCUCUUCCGCUUACUGAUCUGGAGAGUGCUUGUCGUGCUGCCGGUGUCACGCUUCAGGCAGCGGGCCAAGUAGCCUGGGGCCGAUUACUUGCUGCACUUACCGGUGAACAGAAUGUCACUUUUGGGACUGUCUUGUCUGGUCGCAAUCUGUCUCAAGCUGCUCAACAAGCUGUUUUUCCCUGUCUUGUGACCGUGCCAUCACUAAUCCAGACCGACUGUUCGAAUCGCGUGCUUCUCCACCGCACUUUAAAACGCAAUGCUGCUCUUACUAGGCAUCAAUUCACGCCUCUUGGACGCAUCCAAAAAUGGUUCGGCAGCGAUGAACCACUUUUCGAUACGUUGUUUGUUUACCAGAAGUUUGCAAAGCAGACAUCGCCGAAGUCAUCCUCAUGGGAAGUCGUUGAUGUAGAGACCAAGAUUGAUUAUCCGGUCUCGAUUGAGCUUCUGCCCCAGGCAGAGGAGCUUGAGGUUCGCAUUAGUUGCCGAAGUGAUCUUGUUCCAACAGAGCAAGCUGGUCUCAUUCUGGAUCAAUUUGACAGGCUAUUAAAGCACACGGUCCUGUCACCUGACUCUGCUGCGACUGACUACCUCUCUCUGGGCAACCAGCUUUUGUCUGUGACUCCCGCCAAAGAGAUCCUGAUACCCACUGAAGUGGCUUUGUUACAUCAGUUUGUGGAAGAGAGCGCUAGAAGAUACCCAGAGAGACCAGCAUUUGAAUUUGCCUAUGGGCCUAACGCCGACUCCCUGCAGAAAAAAGUCUGGUCUUACAAGGAAUUCAAUGCCGAUGGUAAUCGGGUGGCUCACUUGCUUAAGGAGCAGGGAGUCAGGGCAGGAAGCAUUGUUGGAAUCUGCUUCGAUAAGUGUCCAGAAGCUUCAUUGGCCAUUCUGGGAAUUCUCAAAGCCGGGUGUGCUUAUCUCGCAAUUGACCCUUCUGCUCCAAUUUCGCGAAAGCAAUUCAUUUUGGAGGACUCCGCAACAAAGGUUCUGCUCUGUGAUCAGUCGCGCUGUUCAGAGUUGGAAGCGCUUUCUGGUGUGCUUGUACAGACUAUCGAUGUAGCAGGCAACAUCCAGCAAUACUCUGCCGGAAAACUGGUUCUUGCUCGUGAUAUCACUCCUGAUGAUACCUGCUACUGCUUAUACACGUCUGGAACCACGGGUACGCCAAAGGGCUGCGAGAUUACACAUGGCAAUGCCGUACAAGCCAUGCUUGCAUUUCAAAGGCUUUUCGCACCUCAUUGGGAUGAGACUUCUCGUUGGCUUCAAUUCGCGUCCUUCCACUUCGACGUCAGUGUUCUAGAGCAGUAUUGGAGCUGGAGUGUCGGCAUUUGCGUCACUUCUUGUCCGCGUGACUUACUCUUUGAAGAUCUCCCCGGCACAAUUCACAAAUUGGGAAUUACACAUAUUGACCUCACGCCCAGUCUUGCAAGACUCGUCCAUCCGGACGAUGUACCAUCUCUGUGCCGAGGUGUCUUCAUCACUGGAGGUGAACAGCUGAAGCAAGAGAUCCUGGACGCAUGGGGGGAGCAUGGCGUCAUCUACAACGGAUACGGGCCCACUGAAGCGACUAUCGGUUGCACCAUGCUCCCACGCAUGCGCGCCAACGAUAAGCCUUCCAAUAUCGGUCCACAAUUCGAUAAUGUGGGCUCGUAUGUUUUCAAAGCAGGUACUUGUACACCAGUGCUACGGGGUGGUCUUGGCGAGCUUUGCGUCUCAGGUCCUCUCGUCGGGAAGGGUUACCUGAAUCGCGCAGAGCUCACUCAGGAACGAUUCCAGACUCUUGACAAUGGUGACCGGAUCUAUCGCACAGGAGACUUGGUGCGAAUCUUGCACGACGGAAGUUUCCAAUUCCUGGGACGAAUCGACGAUCAGGUUAAACUUCGUGGUCAGCGACUUGAGAUUGGCGAGAUUAACGAAGUUAUCAAGCAAGCAACCCCUGAGUUAAACGAAGUUGCUACGCUUGUUGUGAAGCAUCCGAAACAAUCAAAAGAUCAACUCGUGUCCUUCGUCACCGCGAAACAUGUUGGCAAGAAGCCGAACGGGGUGGAAGUGCGCUAUUCCGAGGACGAUCGAUCGGUUCUAGUUGCUGUGAAGACUGCUUGUUAUUCGCGUCUUCCAGGUUACAUGGUGCCAACACACAUCAUUCCCAUGACCAAUUUUCCGUUGUCUGCCAAUAACAAGGCCGAUAUGAAGGUGUUGAAGGGCAUCUAUCAAGAGCUUUCUCUGGAGGAUUUACAGAGACUCGGCUCGAUCGCCCUGGACGAAAAUGCUCAAAGUGGAUGUGAGAAAGAGAUCAUCUCCAUCUUGGCCAAGUUUACAAAGUCCCCUGAACCUGCUAUCUCUUCAUGGACAAGCAUCUUCGAGUUGGGGCUCGACUCGAUUUCCGUGAUUUCAUUUGCCAGAACCCUCAGGGAGGCUGGAUUCUCGCAGGCUCAGGCAUCACUCAUCAUGAAGCAUCCGACCGUCGCCGGGUUAUCCUCGGUGUUGAAACAGUCGACCCCUGUGUCAAAUCUUCAGAGCAGACUUCGCUUGAGCUCCAAGCACAAAAUUGAUGCAUUUACGCACAAGCACGCUCAUUCCGUCAUAGAGAGUAUUGGUGUUGAUGAGAGUCUCGUCGAACGGAUUGCGCCAUGCACGCCUUUGCAGGAGGGUAUCAUCUACCACUUCUUGUCGAGUCCUAAGCCUCUUUACUGCUCGUCAUUCAAGUUUGCUCUUCACGAAUCGGUCGACAUCAAGACGUUGAAAGAUUCAUGGAGUAAAGCACAGGAUCGGCUUCAGUUAUUGAGGGCUAGAUUCUCGCCAACUUCGGACGGCUAUGCCCAGGUAGCUCUCAAGCGUGAUGAACUGGCUUGGUUUGUGGAAGAUGCUGCAUCCGCGGAUUUAAUCGAAGAUGUCCGACGAAGACGUUUCCAGCGUUGGACAUCUUGUCUUGCAGGACUUCCAAAUCAACUUUGGGAAGUCGGUGUUGUCAGAUCGUCCGAUAAGUCGGUCAUGUGUCUCAACAUCUUCCACGCUUUAUACGAUGGCAACAGCCUAGAGUUGAUUCUGGACCUGGUAGCCAAUCUGUACCUUGGUCGAGUGAAUCAAUUGCGAGAUGGGCCACAAUUCUUGGAUGCACUACACUUUGGUCCAUUGUGCGAGACCCCAGGAGAAGAAGGUUUCUGGAAGGAGCAUCUGAAGGAUGUUCCUCAAAAGGUUCUGCCCCAGCUGAACGACAUGGCUGCUGGCAAUACCUUCCUAGUUCGCAAGAUGAGUAUCGAGACGACAGAGCCCUUGAAUCAGCUCACGAAAACUCUGAACGUGACAGAGCAGGCCGUACUUCAUGCCUGUUGGCUGUUGACUCUUCAUCAGCAAUACGCAUUCGUCCCUCCCCUGGGAAUUGUCGCCUCUGGCCGCGCAUCUGACACAGUCGAUCUCUCGAAUGUCAUCGGUCCGUUGUUCAACACGAUUCCUAGCAAUGUGCGAUUCCAUGGUCUCGGCUCCUGGGCCGAGGUUGCUCGGAAAUGCCACGACUAUCAUGUCUCCUCGAUGUCUUUCCAACACACUGCUUUGAGGAACAUCAUGAAGUGGCUUGGAAAGUGUCCGGAUGAGAGUCUUUUCGAUUCUUUGUUUGUGUUCCAAAAGGAUAACGGGGUUACCGAAAGCUCGCAAAAGGCUCUGUGGACACCACUAGACUCAGAUGCCUCCCACGAGUAUCCACUGGCCUUCGAAAUUGUGCGCAACGGCAAUGAAUCGCUAGAUAUGACGCUUGCAGCACAGGAGAAAUAUGUUCCUGCCGCUGUUGCCGAGCAGCUCCUGCUCAAAUUCCAGCGAAAUCUGUCUGAUUUCUCGCAAAAUCCUGACCAUGAGCUUUCUUAUUCCAAUGGGUUUGAGAUGGCGAGUCAGGAUAAGGAUAUACAGUCAGAUUCCUUGCGUCGCGACGUGAAUGGAGUGAAUGGUGCGAAUGGCACGCAUGUGUUGAGCACGGAAGACUUUCAAUUCGAAUGGAGUGACCAAGCCUCUACUAUCAGAACAACCAUCGCCGCUCUUGCCGACGUCGACAUGCAAUCAAUCGACGAAGAUACCUCUAUCUUCGAAGUUGGCUUGGACAGCAUUGACGCCAUUAAGCUGUCUUCUCGUCUUGCCAAAUCUGGUGUCAAGCUCCCCGUGAGCAUCAUAAUGCGGUACCGAACAGUGAAAGGCAUGGUCAGCCAGCUUACAAAUGCGAACACUCAGGAGCAAAAUGGAGCUCCUUCUAUGCUUCGUCAAAUGGAAGCCUCAUUGGCGACAUUCCUUAAAAAUGAAGGCCUCAUGCCUAAAAGUGCACGCAGAGUACUUCCUGCUACUCCACUCCAGGAAGCAAUGAUUGCCGAGAUGGUGGCAUCCGAGUAUCAAAACUACUACAACCAUGAUAUCCUGCAGAUUGAGCGCCAUGUCAACAUUGCUCAGUUGCAGAGGUCGUGGGAAGCUGUAGUCAAAGAGCAUCCAAUCCUCCGUACGUCCUUUGUCGAAGUCUGGGAUCCUAGAAUCCCGGUCUCGUUUGCUCAGGUCAUUCACGAUGAAGACACCUUUGACUUCCAAACCGUUCACUUGAAUGGAGCUUCUUUGGAAUCCGUGAUUGAGUCGCAGCGCCAGAGAGCCCAUUCAGCGCUCGCCGGGAAGCCUCUACUCAGCUUGACUGCUGCAAUUAAUGACGAUGAUCAAUACCUGAUCCUAUCAAUCUCCCAUGCUCUAUAUGAUGGUUGGUCGAUCAAUCUUCUUCACGAAGACAUUCGCAGAUCGUACAAUGGGGAGAGCUGUACACGUCCAUUGUCAGAUGCAAUUCUCGGGCAAAUACUUGCAUCUUCUGGCGAUCGUGCCUUCAGAUUCUGGAGAACGACCCUAUCCAACCUCACCCCUGUGCCAUUCCCAUCAGGUGAACAUGGCGAGCCUGGAUCAGAGGCGAUUCAUCGCUCUGAAAAAGCACUCGCUGUAUCCUCCGUCAAAGCUGAAACAUUCUGCAAGCGCCAUGGUAUUACAAUGCAAGCACUAAUGGUCAGCUGCUGGUCAUUGGUUCUCUCCUCUUAUGUUCAAUGUCUCGAUGUGGUCUUUGGUCUCGUUCUUUCGGGUCGGAACGCGGCUGAUGCAGAUAAAGUCAUGUUUCCCACUAUGAACACUGUCGCUAUGCGCGUUCUGCUCCACGGAUCUCGCCUUGAGUUGAUCAAAUACGUACAGGAUACUUUGCUGGAAAUUUCUGAAUACCAGCAUUUCCCUUUGCGUCGGGCAAGGCCGGACACAAAAUCUCAGCAGCUCUUUGAUACCCUAUUUAUCUAUCAAAAGCGCCCACCAGGAGUCAGUGUUGACUCUCAGCCGUUAUAUCGAUCUGUUGGAGGAUCCUCCAGCGUGGAGUAUCCUAUCUGUGCGGAGGUAGAAGGAGAAGGGGCUGACCUGAUCGCUCGUGUCGCCUGUCGUGGCGAUGUGUUCGGGAAUAAGGACACGGAGGCGCUGCUAGAUCGCAUGGCACAGGCUCUUCUUUAUGUGGUCGAUGAGCCCGAGAAACCGACCAUCCAAUUUGCAGACGAUGCAAUGACCGUUCUGGGUCGCCCGGUUCUCCAAAGGCAAUCUGAUGAUGCAGCUCGGCCAUCACAGCCCUGUCAUGAUGCACCGAAACGCAGCGAGUGGACCAAUAUAGAGUCGAGUAUUCGCAGUGUGCUUUCGAGUGUGUCUGGCAUACCAGAAGACUCGAUCGGUAAGGGGACGAAUAUCUUCGAACUUGGCUUGGACAGCAUCAGUGCUAUCAAGGUCGUUGCACUUCUCAAGAAGCAGUCCAUCAAGUUGGUUGUGAGCGAUAUGCUUAAAGCUGGAACAGUUGAAAGGAUGGCACUGGCAGUCAAUCAAGAGCAACUUGAAAUCUCACAACAUCAAAUUGACCGUGCAUUGGACGAGUCUCUGGAAGGGCUCGACUUGAGCUUGCUUCUUGAUACACAUGGAAUCGAUACGCAAUAUGUCGAGCAGAAACUGCCAGCUACAGCUGGUCAGUCCUACUUCUUGGCCAUGCAUAGUCUGAAUUCACAUGUCUUCUACUCGAAGUUCUAUUACAUGGCUUCACUAGAUUUGGAGACGGGAUCGCUGAAUCGUGCAUGGUCCAGUCUUAUCAGUGAAUUCCCGAUCCUUCGCACGGCUUUCCUUGCAACUGGGCUCUCACACUUGCCAUUCUUGCAGGUUGUUCUCAGGUCGGUUCAAAACGCACCAAUCUGGCAUGAUAAUCUCGAUCAUGCGAUCAGUGUCAAUCAGCCGUUAGGCUCGCCUCCUGUUGCUCUGCAUGUCAGCCGAACUCCCCGCGGAGUAGUUUUCAUGCUCCACAUUCAUCACGCUCUAUACGAUGCUGUGAGUCUUCCGUUGAUAGUCGCUCGACUGGCACAGCUGUGCAGCGAGCGUCCACCCGCGGCACAACUGGGACAUGACCUUUCCCAUCUUGUGGGAUUCCAGCGAAUUAUCUCACCUAUUGAUGUUCGACGCCAGUUCUGGCAGAGAUACCUGGGCCACAGUCAAUCGGUCGACUUACCAAAUAGUCAGACCCGUGAAUCCGCCAUCCGACAUGACUAUCAGCCAGGCUUAGUGUCAAACAUGUCUCGGCUAGACAAAGCUGCCAACCGCCAAGGACUUAGUACCCAGUCAAUUUUUCUGGCUAUAUACGCGCGGAUACAUCAUCAGAUAAUGGCCAGCGAUACUGUUAAUGGGGCCAGCGCACCACAUCAACUUGUGGUCGGCCUGUACCUGGCCAAUCGAUCAUACGCGAUCGAGGGUCUUUCAGAACUUGUUGCCCCCACCGUCAACAUAGUCCCGCUUCGUCUUGAUGACAAACAUAGUCACGACUCGACGUCAUUGCUUGCUGCUGCUCACAGAAUACAACAAGAUAUUCACGCAAUCAGCUCUGAGGAGAACGCCGGCGUGUCGCUGAUGGAAAUUGCCGAAUGGACUGGGAUUCGCAUCAGUACCUGCAUCAAUUUCUUGCGUCUGCCAGAGUCCGAUGACCCCAAUGGCGAUGAUGCAAGUGAUGUCGUCAUCUUCAAGCCCAUCUCGAGAGAAGAACUUGAUGAGAUUCACACGUCCAGCUCCUCGGAUGACCCCGCACAUAUGAACGGAGAUAGAGUUGCGUCAAAUACAGACCGAGCGAUUGGUAUAAAUGCGUCAUUGGCAGCAUUGAAAGAGGUCUUCCUGCCUACGAUUGAUAUCGAAGCCGCUAUUCGUGAUGACCAUUUGGACUUUGGUGUCUUUGCGCCGGACACUCGGCUUGAUCGGCACAAGGCUCGCAAACUCAUGGAUACGAUGAAAGCUGAAAUGACGUCGCUAAUUGAAGCGUGCGAGCUUGCCUGA